CGAAGCCCCUUUCCUUAGCUUUCUUACACAUCCGUCGUGGUGGUUCUCUCAUCUUCUUCUUCAGCUCCAAGCCCAAACCCUUGAAAGCUUCGAUCUUGAAGCCUCUAAUGGCUUCACGUCACUAUCCUCAUCAGCCCCACCUCCACCUCCACCGAACCCAUCUUCCCUCCGCCUGUUGCUGCGGCUGCGACGGCGGCGAUUUCGCCACUCCCUGCUUCCAAACCCUCCACCCCUCUCCUCCUCCGCCGUCUCCCUCCGACCCCCUUCUUCAAGCUCUUGCUUCUCAAAUCCUUCAAUCGGCUCAAUUCCAGCACUUGUCUCAGUACCCAACGCUUCGUGCCAAGAAAUUUCAAUCACACUACCAAUUUCAACCCCUCAGUUCCCAAAAUCCGAAGCGCGUUCGUGAGCAAGAGCUUCCCCAAGUCAUCCACCACUCUACUAUCUCCUCUCUUGUCUCUCGCAUCGAAGCCCUCGAAUCCUCUCUCCAUCGAGUUUCUGGUUCUCAUGUUCCUCCCCAAUCUCUCCGACAAGUUGCUGCCAGUACAAUCCAGACCUAUUUUCGAGCGUUCCUUGUUCGCCGAUCGAGAGCACUAAGAGAGCUUAAGGAUCUCGCCAUCAUCAAAUCUAGAUUUGAAUCUCUUCAAUCGUCGCUCUGCAAUGAAUUCUACUUCGAUCGUAACGCUAUUUCUCUCGAAAUAAUGGAUUUGCUUCUCCAUCUCGAUUCCAUUCAGGGUAAUGAUCCAAUGGUCAAAGGUAGCAAGAAAUCCCUUAGCAGAGAUUUGGUUCAGUUCUGGGAUCGGAUUGAUAACUUAUCUGUGAAGAGGAACGGCGGGCUUCCUCUCAAGACAAAGAAAAAUACAAGGUUAGGCCAAAAUGUUAGUAAAUCUAGAGUUUCUAACCCUAAGCUUAAGAACUCUGAGAAUCAGAAAGAGACUAUUGAGAAAUUAAAGAGCAGAAUAGAAAAGAUUUGUGAGCGUUCGAAAAUUUUUGAGAAUGAUGGGAGAGAUUUGGAUCUUAAAAGGUUUCACCAUGUUCAUGAUGAUGAUGAGGAGGAGGAGGAUGAAUCCCCUAGAAUCCAUGUCAAGAACAGUGAUCAAACUGGAGAUCAAAAUCUUGGAAAAGGCCAUGAAAUUCAACCUAGAGUGAAGAAAAGUGUUAGAUUUGCAGAGAAUGGAAGCUUAUUUAGGGUUUUAGAUGAAGAUUAUGGUGUUUUGGAUGAAGGGGAUGAAAGGGAUGAAAGGGAUGAAAGGAGGGGGGAUUCAGGUGAUGAGGUUGUGGAGGAUAUUUUCAAUGAAGCUGAUGGAGAUAAUGGAUCUUCAGAGAUGAGUGAUGGAGAAAGAAACCCAGGAAGAAAGAUGAGCAGUGGCAAUGGAGGUUCUUCAUUCUCUGCUCCAUUGCCUAUGAAGAUGGAGAACAAAGCUGAUUUGAUCAUGAAGAACAGUAAGUCUCUGAAAAUCUUGGGAUGAUUAUGCAUUCAUUCUUUGUAGUUACAUGUUUCAAAUCCUGAUUGCCUAUGAUUCUCUGUUUCAUUUCUUGGAAGCUUCAUUCUUUGAACAACCUCUGAUAUUGUAAACUGCUGCUUCUGGAGUUUGGCCUUGGCCUUUGCCACUACCUUGCCUGUGUUUCUGUAAUGAAAGCCUCAGUUUUAUUUCAUUUCUUUAA